GUACAGUUGUAGUCUGACAUAGUUUUCUCCGUCUUUGUUGGAGAGACUUUACUUGUUACAGUAAAAAGACGCAGAUCUGAUAACCUAACAAAGAACAACUCCUUACCAACAUCACAACUGUAAAUUUCUCUCUCCUCCUUUAUUUUAUGAAUCAAGAACAAUCGAAUGAGCACCUCAACUCCAACACCACUCCUAAUUUCUAUUAUUAAAGUUUCAAAUUCUCUUCUCCCAGAUGUCUGCUGUCACUACCACUAGUUCUUCUUCUACCUUUUUCUCUCUCUUUCUCUCUCCUUUUUUAUUAUGGCUUCUCUUCAAUCUGCUUCUCUUUCUUCAUUCCUCGAUUUCUCCAACAAUUCCAAUAUCUUUGGUUCGACUUUAAAAUUGGGAGGAAGUGACCUGACCCUUUUCAGAAUAUCGACUAAUUUUACCAAGACUAAUCCUGUCUUGAGACUAAAAGCUUCAAGAAUAUCUCCCGAGCUGACUAAAGAGGCUGAAAAUAUCAGAGAAAAAAUGUCGGAAGAAACUUUGAAUGUUCAUGAUCCAUUUUGUGAUGUGAAACAACGGUUUUUAAGUUUUAAGAAGGAUGUAUACUUGAAGAACUUAGAACACUAUCAGAACCUUGCCGAGACUCAGUCACCCAAGUUUACAGUGAUUGCCUGUGCAGAUUCUAGAGUUUGCCCUUCUAACAUCCUUGGAUUUCAACCUGGAGAUGCUUUCACUGUGCGGAAUGUGGCGAAUCUGGUGCUUCCUUUUGAGACUGGCCCCCCAGAGACAAAAGCUGCGCUUGAAUUUUCGGUUAAUACUCUUCAGGUUGAAAAUAUUCUAGUUAUUGGACAUAGCCGAUGUGGGGGAAUCCGUGCUCUCAUGAGUAUGCAGGAUGAAGAAGAAGAUUCAAGGAGCUUCAUUAAAAGUUGGGUUACUUUUGGCAAGAACGCAAGGGCUAGCACCAAAGCUGUGGCUUCCAACCUCAACCUCGACUCACAGUGUCGACACUGUGAAAAGGAAUCAAUCAACCAUUCACUAAUGAACUUGCUUACGUACCCUUGGAUCAAAGAAAGAGUUGCGAAAGGUACACUUUCGCUCCAUGGAGGUUACUAUGAUUUUGUGGACGGCACAUUUGAAAAGUGGACACUUGAUUAUAAUCACAAGGUUGAGGACGGUCAAAUGUGCUCAAUUAAAAGCCGGGAAUUUUGGAGCUGAUUUGUGCUUCAUUUCUGUUCUUCAAUUUCUUCUGUAUCCAUCAGUUAUGCUGCUUGUAUUGUAUUAGUAUGGUUUUUCUUUGAAUGCGUUGUGAUUCUAGUAUUCUUGAUGGGAGAUAAGGGCUCCAGUUACGUACAUGGAUCAUCUCUCGUUACUAGAGAUAUCACAUUUUACUCCCCUCCUUUAAUAGAUACGUAGUAGUAAUUUGGUACUACUAUUACUACUACUACUACGUAUCUUCCCAGUUGAGUUCAUGGUUUGUAACUUUGUAAGAUACUUGUAUAUUUUAACUUAUUUAUAGACAAAAGUGUGAUUGUUUGGGCAUAA